AUGGUUCAAUUAGAACUUAUCGAAAAUUCUGAGAUUAUUUUGUAUAUUUGCAGUUUAUUACGUUAUGAGUGUUAUGAAAGUUUUAUAUUUUUCAUCCCGGUUUUCACAGUAGAAAGGUAAAUGUUUUCUUGAAUUUCACGUGAUUGCUGAUUUUUUGUUUCGAUUUAAUUUAACACAAUUAUUAUUUCAGAAUUCUUUCCACUUAUUUUGUCAAUGAUUACGAGAAGAAUCAUCGCGCUGGAAUUUUAUGUAUCAUAAUAACUACCGUAUUUUUUACCACUCAACUUUUUGUCUAUAUUUUUGCAUUUCGUCGUCCAUCAAUGAUUAUCACAAUAAUCUACGUGGUUCUGAGUUUUGCUGGAUCAAUCCUUAUUUUUAAUAUUUUGUACGUGUCAAAUCUGCAGAAGUUGAGAAAACUCCGAGAAAAUCCAAGUUGCCAAUACACUUUGAGUAAAAAAUAUCAAUUGGAAGAAAAUAUGAGAAUUAUGACGGUAAGGUGAAUGUGAGAAGUUUUGAAAAAGAAAAACCACAUAUAUUUUGAGUAUAUGCGAUCAAUGACUUAUGCGUUUUUUCUCGUUUUUCUCGUUUUAAUUACGUUUAUUUUUCUACCUUGGAUCACAAUUUUUGGCAUCAAAAUACCAAUUAGUGUAAUUUACAGUUUUUUGGAUCCAGCAAUUGCUAUGUAAGUUAUUUUUAUGUCAAUGCGAGACUAAAUCCCUCUAACUUCCAUUUGGAUAAACCAAGUGUGUGCAGUUUCAACAACAAAAAAAAAAACAGCAUUUUUGCGGCAUCGAGUCGAGUUCUAUAAGAACUUUCCAUUUUUUUUUUGAUACAUAUGUAGCACUCUCCUCCUUUCGUAAAUGUUCGACAAUUUACUUUAAAAUUUCAGCCUGUUGCUAAUAUUUCCUUUACUGACAUGUUUUGUUUUAUAUCGUCAUAAAAAUCAAGGGUUUUUGCGAAAAAUCAAAUGCCUCACAAAAAAAUGGAAAAUUCAAGAGACUAAAAGAAUUGUACCAACAACUCAUAACGAAACAAAUAUAUACUUCGAACAAUUGCAAUCAUCUUGGAAAUAA